CGGUUUCUCUUCAGGCAGUUGUGUGGUCAACUGCAGUCGAGGGUCCUUCUAUUGGAGGUGACAUUUAGCAGAGACGGGGAAUAGUUAACAUCACAAACGCCUCAAAAUGGCACAGGCAGUGCAGAAGUUGGUUGCUAAAGUACCCACCCUGGUUAACGCCGCUGUCACCUACUCCAAACCUCGCCUGGCAAACUUUUGGUACUAUGCGCGUGUUGAGCUUGUCCCACCUGCCCCCGCUGAAAUCCCUAAAGCCAUCGAGGGGGCCACAAACAUCAUCAAGGGGUUCCAGACGGGACGUCUCGGUCAAACCACAGUGAAGGAUGCUUUAAGGAACGGGCUGGUGGCCACCGAGGUGCUGAUGUGGUUCUACAUUGGAGAGUGCAUUGGCAAAGGAGGCAUCGUGGGCUACAAUGUCUAAAUUUUGGACUUUAAAGCAUUUUUUUUCUUUUGAGCAUUGUGUGCUCAACCUACUCCAUGAAAUAUGGGAACCAGUAAAGCUGUUGUGUUAAAAAAUCUG